AUGUUGAAGGCUGGACGUCUUCUUUUCCCGCGGCAACGUCUUCUUUUCCCGCGGCGUCUCGCUGUUUAUGGCAAGCCAUUGACGACUCUCACCUCCCAGCAGCGCUUUUAUGAUGCUUCACCGCGCCGGGGUGGUGGAGGUGGAGAGCGAUUUCGGGGUGGUGGAGGUGGAGACCGAUUCAAAGACGAGUUCCGGCCGCCGCGUCAAUCCGGAAACUCACGUUCAGAUGACCGGGACUACAACUACGUCCCCAGCGAUAGAAGGAGAGACUCGCAAGCAUCGCCAUCGCUUAAAACGAAUUUUUUUGAACAGUCUCGAUCCUAUGGAAGAUCAAAUAGCGGAUCGAGUCAGGGAAGAGGUGAUGGGAGGAGUGAUGUUCCAAGGCGCGGCAACAAGUUCAAUGCUGGACGUCAACUGAAACCGAUUCAUUGGGAUACAGAAAAUCUUAUGCCGUUCACGAAGAACUUUUACAAGGAGCAACCUGCAGUUGCAAAUCGGUCAGUCGAGGAAAUCAAAAAACUUUUAAAGGAACAGCAAAUUUCGAUUGAAGGAAAAGCUCCAAUUCCAAAGCCGAUCAGCAACUUCGCUGAAGCAGGAUUGCCUGACCACAUACAGAAAGUUCUCACUGCGAAUAAUUUGAAAGAACCGACAGCAAUUCAAAAGAUUGGGUUUCCAGUCGCUUUGUCAGGACGCGACCUCAUCGGUGUAUCACGCACUGGAAGCGGGAAAACACUUGCAUUUGUUGUUCCGGCGCUGAUCCACAUCGCCGCACAGCCGCCAUUACGACCGCGUGAUGGUCCGGUAGCCCUCAUUCUCGCUCCGACCCGUGAGCUCGCCUGCCAAAUUCAUGAAGAGGCUGGUCGCUUUUCCAGGUCACGCCAGAUUCGGUGUACGGCGGUGUACGGAGGAGCGCCUCGCUACCAUCAGGAAUCGCAACUCGUUCGCGGAACGGAAGUCAUCAUUGCUUGUCCGGGCCGACUUCUGGAUUUUCUUGAAAGUGAAGUCACAUCACUGAAGCGGGUUACCUAUCUUGUACUAGAUGAAGCUGAUAGAAUGCUGGAUAUGGGUUUUGAGCCUCAAAUAAGGAGUAUCGUUUCUCAAAUUCGGCCAGACAGGCAAACACUGAUGUACUCCGCGACAUGGCCCCAAAGUGUAAACGCGCUUGCCAGAGAUUUCUGCAGGGAAGCUCCUGUGUGUGUCAAGGUACCCAGAUACGCCAUUAUGUUUUGUCAGCUCUUUUCUGGCAGAUCAGAAAAAGAUAGAAAAUUUUCCGAGUGGAUUACAAAGAUGUUCUCGAGUAGCGAUGGGCGACCUCCGAAAAUUCUAGUGUUUUGUGGAACCAGAUCGUUCUGCGACCGAUUAACUCGCGACUUGGUCGGCAGAGGAAAGGGCGCUGUAGCAAUCCAUGGACAGAAAACACAGAGAGAUCGAGACCGCGCUAUUGGCGAGUUCAAAAGCGGCGCAAGACAAAUUCUAGUUGCCACUGAUGUCGCAGCAAGAGGUCUCGAUAUUUCAGACGUCACCGCCGUGGUGAAUUAUGAUCUUCCGAAGACGAUUGAAGAUUAUGUCCAUCGAAUCGGAAGAACAGGAAGAGCCGGAAAGAAGGGAACCGCGGUCACGUUUUUUUCCUAA